AUGGACAUCCGCGACUUGUUGAUAGAUCCGCCGCCCGACAUGGUCGCAAACCAGGACGGCACAGCAGCUGCCGCGCGACCCCAAGAAGCCGCUGGGCACCACGCGGCCGAAGCGACAGCCGAUCAAUCUUCAGCGGCAGCCGAAAUCCGCGCUGCUCUUGGCUCUGCGCCCACGCCUCACGAUGGGGAUGCGCCAACUCACGCGCCGGAAGACGGCAAACAAGCAGCACAUCCAGACUCAUCGAAAGACAUAUCUCAGUCAUACGAGGAUGAGUUAACUUAUCACGACUCCGCCGCCGUGGCCUCCGGGUCCGGACCCGGCUCCUCAUCCGGCGCCCCCGGGAGCAGCACCCACCCGGACUCAGACAACGCCAGUCUCAACGCGCCAUCGAGCUUCUCGGUGGGGCUGAGCAUCGACACGGACGACAGCGACGCCGACUCGGCGUUGGGGUCGGUACGCGCACAGUCGUCGUCCAUGUCGGCGUCAUCGUCCAUCUUCGACUUCGUCGAGGAGCACGGGCGGACAUGGCACCGGUACCACGAGGGCAAGUACUUCAUGCCCAACGACAUCCCGGAGCAGGAGCGGCUGGAGCUGCAGCACUCGAUCAGCGUGCGGCUGUUCGGGGGCCUGAGCCUGGCGCCGAUCGAGCGGCCGAACCGGGUGCUGGACAUCGGCACGGGGACGGGGAUCUGGGCGAUCGAGUUCGCCAACGAGCACCCGGAGUCGGACGUGCUGGGCACGGACCUGUCGCCCAUCCAGCCCGAGUACGUGCCGCCCAACUGCCGCUUCGAGGUCGACGACGCCGAGGACGAGUGGGUCUUCAACCACCGCUUCGACUACAUCCACGCGCGCUUCAUGUGCGGCAGCUUCGGCAACUUCCCCGAGAUCUUCCGCUCCUGCCUCGAGAACCUCGAGCCGGGCGGCUGGGCCGAGUUCCAGGACUACUACGUCAAGCUGCAGUGCAUGGACGAGUCGCUGGUGGGGACCGCCCUCGAGCGCUGGAACGACUGCGUGCUCGAGGGCGUGCGCCGCAUGGGCAAGAACGGGCUGGCCGCCGCGCGGUUCAAGGCGCAGAUGCUGGAUGCCGGUUUUGUGGACGUCGUCGAGAGGAAGUUUGCCCUUCCCGGCAACCCGUGGGCUAAGGGUGAGGACCAAAAGAUGCUGGGCAUGAUGCAGAUGGAGAACAUCCUGGACGGGCUGCACGGCUUUUCGAUCGGGCUUUUCACCAAGAUGCUAGGCAUGGCGGCCGAGGAGGUGGAGCUGAUGCUGAUGGAUGUGAGGAAGGACCUCAGGAACACGAAAAUUCACUUCUACUAUAUUGUGUAA